GUCGCUGUUUACUCGGUCUAGUAAUUGCACGCUUCCAUGCGCUAAGCGUCCCUGGGUCUUUCUAAGCACUGAUUACUAUGCUUCCCACGACUGCUGCAUGCCCAACUUCCUCACUUCCACUUCCAUUCGUAUCCCGAAUCUCACACAUGCCAGAAUAACGCCGAGCCACUGGAUCUGCCAGCGCAUGUGUUUCUAUAAUAGCUACGGAUGAACCAUGCAUUGCAAGCAAUGUCUGUUGAAGAGCUGAACUGAUGUCGUGUGGACUGUCUGCUUUAUACAAAUCUGUGGCUGUCAAGAUGUGUGGAUCUAUUUCUGCAAUAUCUCUGCAAGUCUGGCUGACACUGAUGUUGCUCUCUCGACUUCAAGGUAAGGUCCUUGCUCCGUCUCAUCUGCAGGCGAUGACUGGACAUCCCUUCAUGCUGGCCUGCAAUAUUACCUUGGAGACAGGAGAGACUUUAAAACAAGUGCUGUGGUUAGACAUGACAAAUAAAACUAUACUACACUAUCAGCCUGAUAAGUAUGGCCACGUCACCCAAGUGGAUGGAGUCGAGCUUUCACAGCAAACCACAGGUCCGCAAGCUCACACCAGCGUCAUCACCAUCAGAAGAGUCACGCCAGUCAACGAGGGCUGCUACCACUGUCUGUUUGAUGUGUACCCAACCGGCCAGCAGAGAGGAAGGACGUGUCUUUCACUGAUGGCAAUGGUGGAAAUGAUGGGCAAUAAAACAGUUGUGAGUGGACAGCCUGUUGCUCUUUUGUGCAAGUACAUUCUCAGUAAGCGAGUCCGGCAGGUUUUAUGGAAAAAAACAGCUGAGCAAGGGGACACCGCCACUGUUGCUUCUUAUGUGAAGAAUGACAGACCCAUCAUCGAAACCCCUUUCAAGGAUCGGAUCACACUAAGUCCAUCACUUGGUCAAACCAAGCUCUCCAUACACCGGGCUCAGACAGAGGACGAGGGCUGUUACACCUGCGAGUUCCACACGUAUCCAGAUGGCAUUAAGAGUGCGACAGGUUGUCUGUCAGUUUACGUCCUACCCAAACCUGAGGCCAGUUACAUCAUCGUAUCGCAGGGCAUUGUCGAGGCGAACUGCUCAGCCGUAUCACGUCCUGCAGCAGAGAUCUCCUGGAAUGUGGAGGGUCAUAAUCAAACUCUGGGCCCUGCCGUCACAUCAUUGUAUCAGCUAGGGGACGGCACCACCAUGGUGGUCAGUUCCAUUGAAAUGCAGACUGAGCUACUGGACGAUGAACUUGUGAAGUGUGAAGUUCGUCACCAAGGCCUUGAGUCUGCCAUCUAUGUGUCUCUGAAUAAAUCCAGCUGUGUGGUGCUUGUGCUGCUCAUAUGUCUGUGUAUCUGUCUGAAGAGGUGCUAACUUCACCUGCUGGUAUGGCUGACUGAAAUGAAAGGAACUGCUGCAAUAGUUCAGAUUUUCACCUUGACCAAACAACAGUGUUCCUUCUGAUGAAUCCGAGUCAACGUCUUCUAAUAUAACUGAUAUUCAGUGUAACAGUAUAAAAACAAGUAAUGUAAUCACAACACUUUCAACACUAAAUGCCUUAUUUAUUAUAGACUGUAUAGUUUAGUUAGGCAUUUUUCUUAGUGCAGCUGUACUGAAUCGUGCUCUUUAAAGUGACCAAAAUAUAAACAGACUUUUAUUAUCUGAAUUCUGCCAUUCUGUAACCAUAGAAAAGUCAUAGCUUUACUGAUGUUUUGAUGUGUGUAAUAAAAUAACAGAGUUUUAUCAGGGGAACUCUUUUAGACAUGAGCACCUA